UUCAAGUGAAAAAUGUCAAGGGUUGCUUGUUGGUAUGGUAUUACAGUCGUCCGCCUUUGUCGUCAUUUUGUCCGGGACUUGAUUUAAACAUAUCGUUGUUAAUUGUACAUUAGUCAAAUUAACACCAUGCGUGGCAUUUAUGCACUUCGCAGACACAUAAACGCAUGUAAUGUUAGUUGUACUGGCUAAAACUAGGCUAGCUAGCUUCUUGGAGGUUUGUGGUAGUUUGUGCUCGAUGAUAGCCAGUUUACAAAUCCCCCGAAUUUAGCCUCAUACUAUUGAUAUUUUUUCUAAGAAUGUCUCAGUUUGUAGAUGAGGACGAGACAACGCCAUUACUCAGAGACGAUCCAUCGAGCGAUGACUUCCAAGAUGACAACUACAAAAGCCGAUGGAGUUCUAUCAGAGUCAUGUACUUCACUAUGUUUCUCAGCAGUGUGGGUUUUACUAUUGUUAUAACAUCACUUUGGCCAUACUUGCAAAAGAUUGAUGACACCGCCAACGCCACCUUCCUUGGCUGGGUUGUGGCCGCCUACAGCCUGGGCCAGAUGGUAGCAUCGCCCAUAUUUGGCCUCUGGUCCAAUCACAGGCCAUGCAGAGAACCACUAGUGUGCUCCAUUUUCAUCAACCUGGCUGCUAAUAUCUACUAUGCCUACGCACACCUGCCCAAGAUGGACAAUAAGUACCACAUACUCAUGUCCAGAGCCUUUGUGGGCUUUGGAGCAGGUAAUGUGGCUGUAGUAAGGUCCUAUGUUGCUGGAGCCACAUCCCUGAAGGAGAGGACAAACGCUAUGGCCAACAUGAGCGCAUGUCAAGCUUUGGGUUUCAUCCUCGGACCAGCGCUGCAGGCCUGCCUGUCGUUCAUUGGUGAACUCGGCUACACCGUGGACGUCAUUGACCUGAAGCUCAACAUGUACACUGCUCCAGCACUACUGGCUGCCAUCUUCGGCGUCAUCAACAUCCUUUUGGUGGUCCUGGUGCUCAGGGAACACCGCAUCAGUGAUGAUGGGCAACACGUCCAAGCCGUCAACUACAUAUCUGAAGAUCAAGUUGACAUCGAAGAGGACUCUGAGGAAACUAUCGACCAAGUCGCUGUGCUCACCUCCAACAUCCUCUUCUUCGUCGUCAUGUUCAUUUUUGCCGUUUUCGAGACGAUUGCCACCCCUUUGUCCAUGGACAUGUUCGCUUGGACAAGGAAGGAAGCCGUUUUGUACAACGGCAUCAUCAUCUGCUGCAUCGGUUUCGAGUCUAUCCUGGUCUUCCUGGUGGUCAAAGUGGCCUCUCAAAGGGUUGGGGAUCGUCCCGUCUUGCUUGCAGGCUUGGCCAUCAUAUUCUGCGGCUUUUUUGUCCUGCUUCCAUGGGGGAACUAUUACCCAAAAAUCCAGUGGGCAGAUCUUAAAAACAACUCAUUGGUCAGUCAGAUGUCAUCCAACGGUACUUGGGAGCCAACUGGGUGCCCGUAUGAGCAGACGUGGUGCCAGUACACCCCUGUCAUUCACCUGGCUCAGUACAUCUCCUCGGAUUUCCUCAUCGGGGUUGGCUAUCCGGCUUGCAACGUAAUGUCCUACACCCUCUAUUCCAAAAUCCUUGGACCGAAACCACAGGGUGUGUACAUGGGCUGGCUUACGGCAUCUGGCAGCGGAGCACGGACUUUGGGCCCUGUGUUUGUCUCCCAUGUUUACACACUCUUGGGAUCUCGCUGGGCCUUUGCUCUCAUCUGCGUCAUGGUGGCGGCCGCCAUUGUCCUCCUUAGCGCCGUCUACCACAGACUCAUUGCCUUUUCCGUACGUCAUGGGAGGAUGAUAGAAUGAGGAGGACGUUUA